AUGUCAUCAAGGGGACGAGGAGGAUAUCGCGGGCGUGGUGGUGGCCAGCGUCCUGACGAGCGUAAGAAGCGCGAGGCGAUCCUCAACCUCGCGCUUUAUGUCGACAAGAGUAUCCGGGUUACGCUGCUGGGUGGGCGGGCUGUCACCGGCACGCUCAAGGGAUACGACCAGUUGAUGAACCUCGUGAUGGACGACGUUGUCGAGCACUACGAGAACAACGAGAUGCCGGAGCGCACCCUCGGCCUCGUCGUGCUCCGCGGCCCCAACGUCGUUCUCGUCUCCCCGACCGACGGGCUGGCCGAAAUCGAGAACCCCUUCGCGUAG